AUGAGUGAACACAUGUAUCACGGCUACCCAUCGCGCCGUCGGUCACUCGUAGGCGACGCCAAGUUUGAAACGGUUAAGAAUCGAGAGGCGAAACUCAAUUGGCUUCAGGAGAGCCGAGACAUCUCGGAGGACAAUGAGUUGUCCGAAGAAGAGGUUCUUGUGGUGAAUGAGUUCGCCGACGAUAACUCGUUGGCCUCUAAGCCGUCAAACAUAUUGAUUGAUCUAAAAGAGGGCGGGUUUUCGAGUUUACCCAAAAUCAUCAGGAUCAUUGAGGUAUUAAUACAGGCA